UCAUAUUGCCGCGUUCCUUCUCAUCAAUCUUAUGAGUUAUCUCAGUUUACUCAGUUAGCCUACUUGUCAGUUACAAAGAGACAUAAAUAUGCGCGUGUAACGUUUGUGCAUUGGACUAGUUAAAGGCGUGUUCGGAUGUCAAGUUGACGUUGAGUAGAAAAUGAGUAACGCCGGUAAUGUGUGUAGUCCUGUUCCGGAUUACAAGCCCUCGUACUCCGAUGAGGACAACGUCGUCUCCACGGAUAAUCUCCCCGGGAUUAAUUUCCCGGAGAAGAUUCUGUUCAUAGUAGACACAGUCAGAGAGAGGACUUGUACUCCUUUCAAACUUACUACAGGAGCGAGCUAUACGCCGCUCGUCAUGAUCAAACGAGUGAUACAACACUUCGUUUGCAUCAAGUCCAUUAUUCAACGUAGUCACGAGUACGCAUUGAUGAUUCUAAACUCGAACAGUGCUCAAUGGAUCUGUGAUUUCACCAGUAACAUAAAUUCUAUCAUCGAUCAUUUGAAUCUAAUCAACGAGGAUUUCCCAGAGAGGAAAGAAGAGGAUCAGGAGCAGGAGGAAGUCGAAGAAGAGAGGUUAUACGAUCUGGAACAAAUGUUCGAUAAAGUGCAAGAAAGACUGACUCUGCCGGCGAAGAAACGAAUGCCCCUUGCUUCUACGUUCGUCGUUCGACUGAUUUUAAUCUAUUCACGGUCCAAUUGUAUUCCAAAGUUCCUUACAAACGACAAAACGAUUCUACAUGCUCUUGCGAAAAAUCCACACUUUUUCCUGGAUGUAUUAUACGUACACGAACCACCCACCCAAGAGAAUUUAUGUGAAGAAAUUUAUUCCCAAUUAGCGAUGUUAGAUACAAAUAAUUUUUCAUAUAUAUUAGAAGUGGGAAGGUAUGCAGCGAAGUUACAUGACAACAUGGCCAAACUGUUGGCACAUCCUCUACAAAGACCAUCUCAAAGCGAUGUGUGUUACACGAUGUGUCCAUCUCCCAGCUCUCAAGAAUCUUAUAAUAAUGUUUAAAUAGUAUAACCAGAGGGAGGAAAAUAGAAGAUAGCAAUGGACGUCGCCAAGCUUCAUGCGAAAAUCAUUGCUGUAAGACGAAUAAGAAGAAAAAGGAGAGAAUAUUAGAAAACUGACGAAUUCUCUAACAGCUGUCUAUGGAAGAAUAGCAGGAUACAGGAAGUGAUAAAACGUACCUAGCAAUGUUCAGUCUACUCAGCCAUAUAUUUUGGAUGUUAAUUUUAAUUCGAGACACUGGUGAUCAAAAUUUAGUAGAAUAGGUAUAAUUAUUUACUACGCCUUUUUGAACAUGUCUCAUGUGAAAAAUCUUAUCAAUAUUCCACACUUAGGUUUCCAGUAUUUCGUCCUUCCUGUCUUGAAACGCGUUCUCUUCCUUUUAUUCCUGGACCCCCAACAAAAGAAUUCGUGAUACCCUAUUGAAGUUACAAGGUUGGUUCUUGCUUUAAUAUAUAAUAAACCAUAUUUCAGUACCAA